AUGUCAAACCCACAACAGCUUCAAUGCCGCAUGUACGAAGCAAAAUAUCCAGAGGUCGACGACCUUGUCAUGGUCAACGUCCGCCAGAUAGCAGAAAUGGGUGCUUAUGUCAAAUUACUAGAGUAUGAUAGCAUUGAGGGCAUGAUUUUACUAUCCGAACUCUCUAGACGACGUAUUCGAAGCAUACAGAAAUUAAUUCGAGUCGGGCGUAACGAAGUUGUCGUUGUUCUUCGAGUUGAUAAAGAAAAGGGUAACGAUUUCGAUUCAUUCAGGACUGUUUUGUUAAUGUUGCGUAUCAAUUGUUUACCAAUUGAGUUGAACGUUCUUGCAGGCUAUAUCGAUCUCUCGAAACGCAGAGUAUCGCCGGAAGAUGUUGCCAAGGCCGAGGAGAAGUUUAAUAAAUCAAAAGCAGUCCACAGCAUAAUGCGCCAUGUGGCGGAGAAGCAGGGUGUAGUUCUUGAGGAACUAUAUAAGCAGGUUGGGUGGCCGUUGUAUAAAAAAUAUGGACAUGCAUACGAGGCUUUCAAGUUGGCAAUUACAGAACCUGAAAAGGUGUUUGAAGAUGCGGUAAUAUCGAAAGAAGUUAUGGACGAACUUUUAGCCAAUAUCAAACGAAGACUAACACCGCAGCCGAUCAAGAUACGGGCUGAUCUUGAUGUCACUUGUUUUGGAUACGAUGGUAUUGACGCAAUCAAAGUUGCCCUCAAGGCUGGUGAGGCUUGCAGAACAGACGAUAUUCAGAUUAAAAUCAAACUAGUUGCUCCGCCCUUGUAUGUGAUGAUCACAAAUGCAUUGGAUAAAAAUCUGGGCAUUGAAGUUCUGGAAAAGGCGAUUGUUAAGAUUCAAGAAACAAUUCAGAAGGUCGGGGGCGACUGUAUUGUUAAAAUGAAGCCACGGGCAGUCAGCGAAACUGACGAUAUUGAAUUGGAAGAACUGAUGGCUCGCGUCGAGAAGGAAAAUCUUGAAGUUUCUGGUGAUGAAGAUACAGACGCUGAAGUCGAGGACGAGUGA